CUUUAUUGACGCUUUCGGGCUUCCGUAGUAAAUGCAGGAACUGUCGCGCAGCUUGGAAGACAGCUUUAAAAAGGACGUCAUGAGCUAGUGGACCUCAGCGUGCGGACCAUGACGUCUUGCGCAGAGCACCGGUCCGUCUUUGAUUUCUGUGCCCACGACGAGGCAGUGCACGGACUGAGAGAGGUGACCACUGUCCAGCAGCAGUCUGGCCCCACCACGUCCACGUCAGAAGGAGGAGAGGAGCUGCGGUCAGAGGAUGGCAGGCAGCGGGAGAGCAGUCUUGUUAGAGAGGUGCCAGACAAGAUGGUCUGCUCGGCUUGCAGAUGCCCUUUUAAUAAUCGUGAGGAACAGAUGGAGCACUAUAAACUUGACUGGCAUCGGUUCAACUUGAGACAAAAGAUUGCAGGACUACCGCCGGUCACAGUGGAGGAGUUUGAGAGGAAGACUGGAACAGGAGAUGUGUCAAGUAUCUCAGGCUCGGAGUCCGACUCGGGGGAAGAGGACUCGGAUAGUGAUUGGGGCGGAAAAGGCAGUGAUGUCACCCGCACAGACACCGAGAGCUCAGCUGCGGACGAUCCUGUCCCAAGCCGGCUCUCAAGCAAGGUGGUUUUCCAGAACCUAGAGGGACAGUAUCUAGCUGUCUAUCGCUGCAUCCUCCAGGGCAAGUCAGAUGAUGAGAGAGAUGCGGUAGCCUCCCUCAGGACCAUAAAUAAGAAGACUGUGUGGGUCAUUCUCAUGACUGGCGGGGGGCAUUUUGCUGGUGCUGUAUUCCAAGGAAAAGAAGUUGUUCAGCACAAGACUUUCCACCGAUAUACAGUGCGAGCGAAGCGAGGGGCGGCCCAAGGACUCAGAGAUGCUCAGAACCACAGUCACGCACCUAAAUCGGCUGGAGCUGCUCUGAGGCGAUACAAUGAGGCGGCACUAGUUAAGGAUAUCCAGGAGCUUCUGGAGAACUGGGACGGAUACUUGAAGGAGGCCUCUGCAAUAUUCCUGCGUGCCCCCAGCUACAAUAAAACCAUGUUUUUCGGCGGUCGGACAGCCCCUCUGGACAAAAAGGACCCCAGGAUCCGCACACUUCCCUUUGCCACACGCAGGGCAACCUUUCGUGAGGUACAGAGAGUACAUGAGGUACUCUCCACGGUUCAUGCUUAUGGUAAAGACACAGAUAUCUCCACAAUCUUCAGUCCUUCUAAGAAGGCAUGGAAAAAAAAACCCAAAGCAACCGCACAAACAGACCCCAAUCAAGAGAAGGCAGAAACAGAUGAACACGAUAGUUCGGAUAAGGAGGAGGGUGGUGAGGCCCAGCUGGAGAUGGUGGAGCUUACAUUAGGAACACUGGACCUCCGGGAGUUUGAAAUCCAACCCUCCAGACAGAGGAAGAGGAGGAGGAAGAAGAGGGAGGAAAGCAAAAUUCAGAGUGAUGAACUGAAUACCAUGGGAACAGAUGAGCAGGAAGAGAAUGUGCUAGAGGCUACACCAACAGAAGAUACUCCUCAAGAGAAACAAAGAAAUAACAAGGCAAAGAGGCAGACACAGAGUAAGAAGAAACAACAGCUGGAAGAGGGAGCUGACCAGUCAUGGGAGUAUGGCCUGAGGGACGCUCUCUAUACAGCCUGUAAGAUCGGAGAAGUUGACACCCUGUGCAGACUCCUCCAGCUACCGGGGGAAAGUGCAGCGAGUCCAGAGAAGCAGGGGAGCGACACAUUGUAUGAGCAGCCACCCGAUGCCCUCAGUCCUCUGACUCUCCUUAACAAGCCCAUAGACUCGUCAGGGUUCACGCUGCUGCAUGUCGCCUCAGCAGCUGGACAGAAAGCAGUAGUCAAGCUGCUGAUGGAUGCAGGAGCAGACCCAGCCUGCAGGGAUAAUAAAGGCCAGACACCGUAUAUUGUCGCCCCUGAAAAAGACACCAGGAAUGUCUUUCGUAGAUAUAUGGGUGAAAAUCCUGACAAAUAUGACUACAGUAAGGCACAGGUUCCUGGGCCAUUAACUGCGGAGAUUGAGUCCAAAAAGAUGGAGAAGAAAAAGGCGCAAAAGGCCAUGAGGAAACAGCGAGAGAAAGAGCAGAAGGAGGAGAAGAAGAAACAGGAGUUUGAGGCUGAAGAAAAGAAGAGGUUUGCAUCACUCACUGAUCGUGAAAAGAGAGCCUUGGCAGCAGAGAGGAGGUUAGCAGAACAGGCAGCAGCAACAGGAGUCAGCCUCACCAACGUCAAGAGGUGCUGGAUGUGUGGGGAGUCUCUGCUUGGCAAGAUCCCGUUUCAGUACCUGGAUUAUUCAUUCUGCACGCCCCGCUGUGUCCAAGCACAUCGAAAAGCCAAUGCUCCUGCUGCUAGGACCUAACACUCAUGUAAAUUAGACUUGUUAGAACGAAGCUACCUCAUGGAAAAUGCAAAUGGUUUUGUUAAGCUUUGUUAAGAGUCUAAUAGUAUGGGUGAAUCUUACCAGGACGCUGCCUUUUCUUUCCAGUCUUAGGAUAUUCUGAAUGAUCAACUUGUCAGAGAAUUUCAUUUUGGCAGCCUGAGUCAAAGCCAGCUGUUGUAAUCUGAACACAGUGUUAUGAGCCAAGAAAUUAAAAGGUGGUAUUAAAAAGCAAAUGUAUAAUUUAUUCACUGAAUCUGCAAUGAUUAAAAAAGGAAAAACAAGGCAACUGUGAUAAAGAAUCAAUAGGCACACUUUUUGGCUUUUUUCUGUGCAAGAUGGUAUGAUUGGUGUUUGGCUGUGGAGAGCUGCAUUAAAGGUUAAAAUCAGUGCAAGCAAUUGGCACUGGAUGUCUUAAGUACUGAUUAAAAAAUGGCUAUUUAUGAAA